CCGGAAUGAACAUCGGUGUCCAAAAUCGCAUUGCGGCCGCGAUUGCGCAGUUGUUGCGCAAGUCACAUAAAUAUUCUAUUUAUUAACUUCGCAGUUCACAGCCUCAUGCCACUCAAAACAAAUUUUAUCUCAGUAUUUUAUAUCUAAAUGUAUUCAGACUGUAGUUUAUAAUAAUUCGACUGUUAAGAUUUGUCCUCGGAUGGUUAUCUACUUCGCAAGACUGCUACAAAUUGAGUGGAUUAUAAUUAAAUAUUAAGCGGUUAGAGGUUAAGAUUAAAUCUGUGAUGAUAGCAAGUUUGUGGAAGUGACGAAAACUAUUUACCAAUGACUCCCAGAAACAGAAAUGAGAUGGAUUCUGGCGGUAUCGAAGCGAACUAUGUUUAUUUAUUUCAUAUUGUUAUUUCUAUUAUAUUUAUUUUAUGCUCUGAAUUCUUGUUUAGUUGACGAAAAACAGUUGACGAUCAAAUAUCUGUUUUUAAAACGUCACAUAUCGAGCUACAAAAGCGCUACAGUGCGCUUCGCUUCACUGCUGGGACUGGACUGGUCGGAGAACAAGUACAGACGGCUGAAGAACCAAAACUUGGUGCCGGUGAAGAGGCUGCCCGAUGCGCUCAUUAUAGGAGUGAAGAAGUGCGGCACUAGAGCGUUGUUGGAGUUCUUAAGGUUACAUCCAGAUGUCCGGGCUGCAGGAUCUGAAGUCCAUUUCUUUGAUAAGUUUUACCACAAGGGAUUCGAAUGGUACAGGGACAGAAUGCCCCCUACCCUCGAGGGCCAGAUCACGAUGGAAAAGACGCCUUCGUAUUGGGUGACACGCUCGGCCCCCAAAAGGGUGUACGCUAUGAACCCUUCAGUCAAACUGUUGGCUGUUGUUAGAGACCCUGUUACAAGAGCCAUUAGCGAUUAUACGCAAUCUGCCAGCAAAAGACCAUCCCUUCCACGCUUCGAGGAUCUAGCUCUGGUCAACAGCACAGUUGGCUGGGGUGGACCCUGGUCAGUAGUGGACGCGUCGUGGCCACCAGUGAGCGUUUACGCGAGGCCACUUCGACGCUGGUUGAGGAGAUUCCCGCGAUCAAAACUAUUGCUGAUCAGUGGAGAAAGACUGGUUGCUGAUCCUGCUGCUGAAAUGGCUAGAGUGCAGGAAUUCCUAGGUCUCAAGCAUGUGAUAACAGAAAAGCAUUUCUACUUCAACUCAACCAAAGGCUUCCCUUGCCUCUUGAAGUCGGAGAGUCGGCCCACCCCUCACUGCUUGGGAAAAACUAAAGGAAGAAGCCACCCUCAUAUAGAUCCUGUGGCUAUUGAGAGGCUAAGGGACUUUUAUAGGCCUUUCAAUGAAAGAUUCUACCAACUAUCAGGUAUAAACUUUGGAUGGCCUUGAUAAACUGUUGUGAUUAAUGUAGUAUACGGCCAAGGAUUUAUAAAGUUACAGUGCCAUCUUAAAAUUAAUAUAAGUAUGUACUUGAGGCUCGUUAUAUUGGUGCAUGGAAACUAACACAACGAAAAAUUAUGUAUACGUUUUGUUUGCAAUGAAAUAAAGAAUAAUAGCAUUUAAGAAUAGUUAAAUUAAGUAUUAAUUAUUGGUUAAAACAUUAGUUCCUUUUAGUAUAAAUAAAAUCUGCACAUGAAUGUAGCUGCUUCCAGUUCCUAGCUUUGAUUAAGUAUUCCUUACACAUGUUCCAUUGAUUUUCGAUGUUUUUUAGCUUCAUAAUUUAUACGAUUAUGAAGCAUGUUAUUCAAAUAUCCGUUUAAAACUAUCACUGUCCGUAACUAUAUCAAUUAACGCGUCGACUAACUUGUUUAGCUUUAAAUUGCAGUAAGUAAUCUUCCUUCUAAAAUAUUUAAUUAAUUAGGUUAAUAUAAUGUCAUAAGACCCCGCGUAUCGGGAUAAGGCAAGGCAGAAAAAGAAGAAUAUAGAUAAUAAGCCAUUUUGUAAUCUUGUAUCGUCAAUAAUUUGGCCGAGAUGUCAUAUUUAUUUGCAUUCAUCAACGGCAUCGUCCAAAACUUAGAUACAUUUGGUUUUAAAGAGUUAGAAAUAACUUGAACAAUUUACCACAAAACGAAUUUUAAACGAUGGUUGUGUUAAGAGGUAAACGAAAUGGAUUAAGUAAACGUCAUAUUAAUAGUUAUUGCAAUCAUUGUCAUAUUUCUUUGCAUUCAUUGCAACAACGGCAUCGUCCAAAAGUCAUUUUGGUUUUAAAGAUGUCUAAUAGUAACUAUGUAAUAAUAAAAUAUAUAUAAUUAAUCUAACAAUUAUAGUGGUAGGUAAUUGUAGUGGACGUAGUGGUGUAGUUUUUACAGUCACCACUAUUAUUAUUGAAAUGCCUGAAAAAGCUCAAUUUGUAAGUUAUGACAUUGUUGCACACGAAGGAAAUGUAGAGUUUAAUAUAACGGAUCGUCACCUCUUGUAUAAAUAACAUUGUGAUAAACGUGUUUGUCUGUUUAAGGUAUUUAAUAGCAUUUCUGUUGAAUUUUCUGUGAUAACCUUAAGAUAAACCAAGCAUAGUUUACCUACUUUAUUUGUACCUACAGGUACUCGACACUCGAAUUAUGCCAAUACUUUUUAUUGCGUUGCUUGCUGUAAGUACCUCGUAUAAAUACUUGUAUUUAUUUAAUCGAGUUUAAAAUAUAAAUAAAAGUAUUAAAUGACAGAAAAAACAAGAUAUUGAAGUAAUCUGCUGUUUGCUUGAAACUGUAAUUCAAAAAAUAUCAACUAUUAACAGAAUUUUGAUCAGAUUCUCAAUUUAUUCUAUCUCGGUUUUUGAAAAUUGUUUGUAUAAUGUUGUUGUACCUAUAAUGUAAUACAACCUAGGUAAGGCCGGGCGGUAGUUAGAUAAAUAAGGCAAUGUCACUAUAGAAGAGACAUUAAAAUUAAAAACAAUUAAGUACUUUUUAAGAGAAAAUAAUAGCUCAAUUAAAACACCUAUUAUAAUUCGAUAUUUUUAGAUAGACAUAAUAAUCGUUUUAAAUAAUAAACAUCGAUAUUUAUUAGUAACAUACCUACCUAAACUUUGAUUCCCAUUUGGGGUUAAAAUCACGGCUACCUCAUAACUUUAAUAUUUUGAGGCUACAUGCGAAACGAAACCAGAUCGAAACUUGAGUAUGAGUCCUGCCUGAGCUUGGUAAAAUUUUUAAAGAUACAAUAAUCUUGAAGUCUUGACUUGAACCUACUUUAUUAUGAAAAUUGCACUUUAUGAUAACUCACACAAAGCAAAUAUCGGCUUGCGAUAAAUAUUGUCCUUCUUAAUAUUUAAUGAAUGAUACGGUGACGGUCUAGAUAUCGAUGUUUAUUAUUUCUUAUCGAUAUAAGGCUCGUAUUUAAGAAAUGACCUUCAAGUAUGAAUCUACAGUUAAAAA